AUGGAAACCGAAAGGCGAUCGGAUCUGUACGAAGAAUGGAAAAGACGGGUAAACAAAACUCGUCAAUAACUUUACGCCAAGUGUUGCAAUUCGUUUUGAAGUCGAGACGAUGUCCGGAUAAUUAAUUUAUUGUCUAUUUUCGACAUGCGGUUCAAACACCGUAUUGCACGUUGGAAAUUAAAAAUGUAUUUAUUGUCGGUAAACGACUAACAAUGAUUUUUAAAUAUUUGUUUUUUUGAUGACUCACUCGCCGAUUCGUUGAACGAUGUUAAUCCAUUAAAGAUUGACAGGUCUCAGAUUAGCAGAAUGUCUCAAUUACCUUAAGUUACGAAACAACGAAAAUGUUUCUAUAGUUGAGAUGUAAAAAUAAAAAGAAAAAAAAAAUCUUUUUAUUGACACUUAAUGUCAAAGGUCAUAAAAUUAAUCUGGUCAAUUUCCUGUGUAUGUGAAUAAAUAAAUAGCAACUUGAUAUGGUGAUGAUGUCCUAGGCUUUUCUCGGCCCACUUCCUCAGGGAUUUCUCAGAUUGGAAGAUCGGAAUGCUCAGCAACAACAGGAGGCAGCGGACCAACAAGCAGCACUAGCACUUCACCAGUUACAAAUGCAAAACAUGCCAGCGAUGCAAGAACCUCAUGUUGGCAGACUCAGUAUUACCAUUGUUCAGGCUAAGCUUGUGAAAAAUUAUGGGAUGACUAGAAUGGAUCCUUAUGUGAGACUGAGAGUAGGCCACGCAGUGUAUGAAACACACACUUGCUCAAACGGAGCAAAAAAUCCACAUUGGAACAAAGUUAUUCAAUGGUGUGUAAUUUUUGUAACCCUUGCCAUCAAUCACUACUUGCCACCAGGAGUGUCGCAAAUAUAUGUAGAAAUUUAUGAUGAAUGUUCGUUUGUCAUGGAUGAAUUAAUCGCUUGGGGUCAUAUAGAUAUUCCAUCACAGGUCCUGCAGAAAGGAGAAACACACGAAGAUUGGUACAUGCUUAGCGGAAAGCAAGGAGACAAUCAAGAGGGAAUGAUAAAUUUAGUUUUCAGUUACACGACUAAGUGCCAUUCGUAUAUGAAUACACCAAUUAUGAUGGUUCCUUCUUCGACAAUUUUUGGACAAUGUAUGACGCAAUAUGCACCAGUAAAUGUUUAUACAGCACCACCUACAGCUUCAGUACCACCUGUUCCCAGUUCUAUGCCAAAUGCUGAAGUUGAAUUAAAGCAGAUUUCAGAGAUGUUCCCAAAUGUGGACAAAGAGGUAAUUAAAUCAGUUUAUGAUGCAAAUAAUGGAAAGAAAGAUGUAACUAUAAACUCAUUACUCCAAAUGUGUGAAUAA